UGACACAGACAUACACAACACAAAACCGACAUCUUCAACACCAAAUAAGAACCCACAAUGUCUAAUGGCAAUCAAAAGAAGAAGAGUUACGAAGAGCUCAAGAGGAAAAUGUGUGAAAUAAACAGGGAUUAUUCACCGAUGCCUCUUCCUUACCCCAAACUAGCCAUGAGAUCAGAAUGCUGCAAUUGUAACAACACUACUGUUAACCAACUUAGAGUGGGAGAACCUCUUCCAACAUCCCAUGUUGAUCAUUGCACAGGAUACGUCCAUUUUCCAAAACCGAACGUUAGUCAGGCCAAGAAAGGAUGCAAAUGCGGCAAACAAGAACAAUGCACUAGAUAAACGUUGUAGGGGAGUUUUUACAAACACAAUAUAAGAAACAUAAAAUACUAUAACAAGUAAAAACCUCAUUCACU